GAUACCUUUCAAAUAUGUCCUUUACUGACCGACUUAAAACCUAUGUUUCUCGCUCUGUAGGGGGUGCUGUUGGCAAUUCGCUAAUCACUUCAGCAAAAACACCAGAAGCAUCUUUUUCUCAUGCAUUUGGACAGACAAAGCAAUUGGUGAAUACUCUUUUUGUUCAAAAGGAAUGGCAAUGUCCAUGUGGGCAUAAGUUUCGGGCAGCAGGUGAGUGGGUUGCAUGUGCCCCUAUUUACUGUGAGGUACCCUCAUGUCCAAACCCCAAGUAUUACAUAGACGGCCCUGGAAGAAUUCUUCUGGAGUCAAAUCCCUCUGGCAUUAGACUUGAAGAAGUUAAAAAUCGACUUGAGCCAACCAAUAGUGAUACCAAACAACCCAAAGGAGUUGCUUCUCGAUUUAAAUAGUAGUAAGUAUCAGUGUUGCACUUUGUAUCUUUUUUAUCCACUCAAGUGCAUUUUGGAUAAAUCACCGCAUAGUGAUAAAAUAUCUAAAAAGUCAAGAAGAUAAGCUUUAGUGUGUUGAAUGAGACAGGUGCGGGUGCUUGACUAAUAAUAAAAAAAAAUGAACAAUUUGAUAUGAAUGAAAAUUACAACGCGUGAACAGAUCCUCAAAAA